UGAUGGGUGGCUCACAACAUGCGUCGAGUGACGACUCCGAUUAUGUCGAAACCACCAAGGCUCGUCAAAAACGCCCACGAAAACGCAGAAAGCACGCCCAUAAGCCCGAUCAGGGACAAGCAUCUGUCGCAGACAGAGUAGCUCUCAUUGUCGCCUCACUGUUGGAGGUCCUCCGAAACGACUACGCUGAUGAUGACGACGCGUUCGACGACCUCGUGGAACCAUUACUCAAAGAAUGUAUGCAAGCUCGCAACGCGUAUUUAGAGACCUUUAUCGAUGUGGAUGAGACCGGUCGAAAGAUUCGGCCAUUGCAGAGAGAAGAGGUCGCCACACUCAUUGAUGAUAUCUCUAAGAAAGAUAAGCCUUCACCUCUCGAAGGAAUAGUUGUUCGGAAGCUCAAGUUGGAGCUGGAGAAGCAGUUAGGCCUCAAGACCGGCGAAAUACUCGUGGAAGACACGCCAUUGACACCUCUACCAUCCUCUGUGGACCCUCCUUCGGUCAACUCCGAAGUCCUAGACGCGCUCUACAACAUACAAACCACGCCAUCUCACAAUUCCUUCCUCUCAAGAUUGCACGGGACAAAGCAGGAUAUGCCCGAGGGAGUCAUCGCAGUGGAUUGGGAGACGAGGACGCCUUGGAUGGAGCUCAUGAUGGACAUCCGAGACCACUACACGCUGGCUCAGCCCGAAAGAGAAAACCCAGUUGAAGAAAUUGCUCCAAUUACCUACUCAACCCUCCAUGCUACCCAACUACCUCAAGUCCAUGACCUCCUGGAGCGGUCUUUCUGGGCGGGGAUAGAUGGCGCGGAUUCACUGGACUAUGAGCCCGAAAAAGUUACCGUUGUCGCAAUGUACAAGAAAAUCGUUGUCGGCGUAGCGAUAAUGAACUCUCCGCGGGAAACCUACAUCACUUUUCUGGCAGUGAAAUCAGGUUGGGACAAGUCUCAGAUCGGACGGACGAUGUUGUAUCACCUCGUUACUAUGAACCCGCACAAAGACAUCACGCUGCACGUCUCAGCAAACAGCUCAGCCAUGGUUUUGUACAAUCAAUUUGGGUUCAAAGCAGAAGAAUUCGUUGCAGGCUUCUAUUCCAAGUACCUGGACCAGCGGUCGCGCGCCUCCACGAAUGCGUUCAAACUGCGACUUCGAAAAUUGCAGAGCACAUAAU